AAGAAAAAAAGAAAGAAAAAGAGUAGAGAUGAUACUUUACUUUUUAGCUUGUGAUUCUUGCCGGGUUUACCACUCUACCCUUCCUUGAAUGCCUUGCUUCUUCGUCUUCUCUAUCUGGAAUUCCGUCAUAGAGUUCAAAGUGGGGACUAGGGAGGCACAAAGAAACAAGAGUCGGCCGAUUAAACAAAAUGUAGAAGACGACACAAAUAUAUACACAGACACAGUCUUCUUCGCAUAUCUACUACAAAACCCAGAUUGUACUACUAUUAUUCUCCCCUCUUUUCUCUCUAUCUCUCUCUAUAUCUCCUGCCAAUAAACAUUUCUCAAAGAAGGAUAGAGAAAGUUCUGAUCUUGUUCCCUCCCCACCACCUGCUUCUCAGCAAAUCUCUCGAUUUUCUCCUCUCAUUGCUUACCGAGGGAUGUUACGUGACUGUUUUUGUAUGAAGCUUCUCUUUUGGGUUAGACAGCUAGGGCUUUGAAAGGGUUCAGCAAUUCUUCUGGUUCUGGUUAUUUUUAUUAGACUGAUUGUUAUAUCAUAUAAUUAAAUGGGGAAUAAGUUGGUUAGAAGGCGACAAAUUGUUGAUGAGAAGUAUACAAGACCUCAGGGGUUAUAUCAGCACAAGGAUGUGGAUAAUAAGAAGCUGAGAAAGCUCAUACUUGACUCCAAGCUUGCUCCGUGCUACCCUGGGGACGAUGAAUGCAGCAACGAGCUCGAAGAAUGCCUAAUUUGUCUUCUGUAUUACCCAAGCCUCAAUAGAUCAAGAUGUUGUACGAAAAGCAUCUGUACAGAGUGUUUCUUGCAGAUGAAAGUCCCCAACUCAACUCGUCCUACACAAUGUCCCUUUUGUAAAACCACAAGUUAUGCUGUGGAGUAUAGAGGGGUGAAAACCAAGGAGGAAAAAGGAAUUGAGCAGAUUGAAGAACAACGGGUUAUAGAAGCAAAAAUAAGGAUGCGACAACAAGAACUUCAGGAUGAAGAAGAGAGAAUGCAUAAAAGACAAGAAUUAGCUUCUUCAAGCACAUCGAUGAUGACACAAGGGGAAUUUGAAUGUGAAACAGGAGCAGCACCAUUUAUUACAUCUGAAGUAGGAUUUGGGGAUACCAUUACUUCUAACGACCUACAAUAUCCUUCGAUGAGACAGACUACACUCCAAAGUCAUAACAGGGACGAUGAACAUGAUCUGGACCUCGAGGAUAUAAUGAUUAUGGAAGCCAUCUGGUUGUCCAUACAGGAGAAUGGAAGGCAAACCAUGGGUCCCGUUUGUAAUGAUGCAGCUCCACCUGAGCAUUAUGUGGAAGAUGCUCCACCUGAGCAUUAUGUGGAAGAUGCUAACUGUUAUUCACAAGGCAUGAGCCUAGUUGCAUCACCAUCACCAUCCCCAUCAGGAGGCCUUGCAUGUGCAAUUGCUACUUUAGCCGAACACCAGCAUAUUGACACAGAUUCCACCAGCAACUGUGGUGAAAAUAUGCCUGUAAUGGACAUGGGCUCUGGAUUCAACAGGUUUAUCAGUCGGGAUGAACAAAUGAUAACGAAUUACCCAAUGGCAGCAAACUCCUCCUCCUCAUCCGAGAUAUCACCUGAAAGUUGCUGCGUAGAUAUGAGUGGUGGGAAUGGUACAGAAUGGAUGAUGAUGAUGAACAACCAUGGAGAAGAGGUUGAAGAAAUCACAAACAGUCAUACCAUCCCUAAUGGAGUUGCAGUAGAUACAUGUAGAAUGGAUGUGUUUCCAUCCCAAAAUGGAGUUGAUGUAAACUGCUUCCAAAUAGUUCCAUCAUUUAUUGGUCCAGAAACUUUUGAUGAACAGACGAUGAUGGGGAUGAGUCCAGGAAUUCUAUGGCAAUAGGUACUACUACUUUUUCCCUUAUUAUUUUUUUUAUACAUAUAUGUAAAAGAAACUACAUAGCUUUUAGUGAAUGAAAGCUCUUCCUGUCUUUGCCCCAUUUGAA